AUGUUUUUCGUGUCGAGAAUCACAAAGAAGUACGAUGACGAAACGGGGAAGCUGACGAGAGAGUUAUUAAAGACCGCUGUCAAGAUGACGAGAAUGAAAAACAGACUAAAAUUCUUACUGAACUGUCGGAAGUGCAAGCUUGUGCCAAAGUGUCUAUGUUACAAAGUUGGCGUUUCCCUACACAGCAGCAUAUCCCGGCAGGAAAUGAAGAUUCUGGAACACCGGCAGAAAAUCAGAAUCAUCAGCCUAGUUGUUCGGGACACCAAAAGGUUACUAGAGCAACUGAAGAAUAGAAAGCGGCAUCUAUAUGAAAAGGUCCAAUGGACGCUAGAAGAAAGUGACUGGAGAGCAGUGCGCGCGAUGGUGGAGAAGAAAGCAGCAAAUGUAUAUAAUAGUACGAAACGAACCGAAAUAAAUAAGCUGAGCAACCUGAAGAGGAAAAAGAUCGAAGAGACUUGUCAGCAACCGGAGUGGAUAGAGAAUAAGACAAACCAUGAAAUCCCCGACUAUUUGGAACGAACGCUUCUUCUUGGACCGAACUUCAACAUACAAAGCAAGAGUUCUAUCCCAUACGUUCGACUCGUUGCCGAUGUAGAAACUGCUAUAAAGAGCAAACCACAAGCCGACGACAUCAGAGCAGAAGUAUCUACGAUCAUAUCCAACUAUGUCAACUACCAAAACCAACCACGGACGAAGGAGAAUGACUGGAUACACAAAGACAUUGUACGAAGUAGAAAGUUUUUGCGAGAGAACCCAGACAUCUAUGUUAUAAAAGCCGAUAAAGGGAACAAGACAGUUCUAAUGUCCGGCACCGAAUACCACGAAAAAAUGACCACAAUGGUAAAUGAUGCGUCCACGUACAAGCAACGGAAAGACAAUCCAUCGAACCGAGUGCUAAAAAUGUUAAACAGCAUAAUAGAACAGUGGUGGUUAGACCAGCACAUCGACAGAGCGACGAAACACAAGCUUAAGAUGUACAACUGCACCCCACCGCGAAUCUAUGGACUCCCCAAAAUUCACAAAGAAAACUGCCCCCUCCGUCCUGUGAUAUCCACCAUCGGUUCAGCAACCUACCACAUGGCUCAGUAUCUAUCGGGAAUUUUAAACAAUUUAGUGGGAAAAACGGAGUACCACGUUCGCAACAGCUUCGAAUUCGCUAAGGAGAUAUCCAAGAUACGGGUACCGGAAGGAUGUGUAAUGUAUUCAUUAGAUGUGGUAUCCCUAUACACUAAUAUACCUAUCAAUAAAGUGUACGAGUACGUCGAAGAAAGAUGGAAUGAAGUAGCACAAACAACCACUAUUCCUUGGGACAGUUUUAAACAAGCAAUGAAAACUGUACUAGAAGCCUCCUUUUUUCAGUAUGACGGAAAGUUCUACGACCAAAUAUUUGGAGUGCCCAUGGGAUCCCCCCUCUCUCCCGUCAUUGCUAACAUUGUUAUGGAAAAAUUAGAGGGAGAGGCCCUCGAGGGAUUGAAGCAAAAGGGAAUAUCGCUGAUAGUGUACCGACGGUAUGUAGAUGAUUGCUUUCUUGUGGGUAAAGAAAAUGAGAUAGAAACUGUCAUCGAAGAAUUUAACGAACAACAUACUAGCAUUAAAUUCACGGUAGAAAAAGAAAGCAACGAAUCGAUUCGCUUUUUAGAUCUACUAUUAUCCAGAAACGGGGAAAAAAAAAUCGACAAAAAAUGGCUCCCGAAACAGAAAACAGGACGGUAUUUGGACUACACAUCGGAGAGCCCAUACACCCACAAGAAGAACACCGCAAUUGCACUUAUGGACCGAGCACUAAAACUCACGGAUGCGAACAAAAGGGAAGAGAGCAUAACAGAGGCAUCUAACAUACUACGCGCCAACAACUAUCCGGAACACAUCAUAAAAAGUGUGCUUAAACAGCGGGUAGACAUACUCUACAACACCCUACAAACCAGGAGCGCAGACGAGCAAACAGCAAAAUAUAUAUCCAUUCCAUAUAUCCCCUGCUUGAGCGAGAAAAUCGGCAAGGUAUUGCGCAAGAAUGACUUAAAUGCAGUAUACAAACCAAAUGACAAAAUAAAAAACACGAUCUUCACGAUGCUGAAAGAUAAAAUACCAAAAAUGCAGCAAACAAAUGUAGUCUACAGCAUUCCAUGCGGCGGAUGCACCAAUAAAGAGUACAUCGGGCAAACUUCCCAAACCCUAGAGAAACGCAUUAGCCAGCAUAAAAACUCUAUACGCACUAGCACAUCGAUAACCGGCCUAACACAACACACAAGAGAAUGUGGACACCACUUUAACUUCAACGAAACGAGAAUAUUGGAGAGAAUUAACCACGAGUCCAACAGGUUAACAGCGGAGGUUCUUCAUAUUAAGCUGAGAGAGCAAAGAGCGGUAAACCUUCAACGGGACGCCGCCAGCUUCGCCUGCACAUAUAACGGUCUUCUUAAUAAGCUACGAUCGACGCGCAAUGGCACUGGUGAGAAAGAAGAGAGACGCCAACAGUGCUUCGUUUCGCUAAGCUGCCAGCAAUCAUCGCAACCGCUAUCAUCCUCUUUGGAUUACACGCUCCCGUUGGAGAAAUCCGUUGUCCUGAAAAGAAUGCCAGACAAAUCAACCCACCUACGCCCACGGUAUCGAAGUGAGGCGCUCAUAGCAUUAAAGGUCGUUUUAAACAAUUCCGAAACGUCCACGUUAACGGGCUCCAGUGCCUGGAAUACGCUAUCACUAACCGUGCAUUCCGGUUUAACGACGGCUGUGCUCGAGUACUUUGCAGUCAACUACCUCAAAAUGGGCACGUGUCUGCCCUGCUGCGUGCCCCUGCAGCAGUCCAUUGUUCUGAAAGAUUCAACUCCAGCUAGUAUCCCCACUGCAUUGGUCUGA